AGGCGUCUCUGCCAAGGAAUCCCCUCAGCCCUCCCUUUCCCCAAUUCCGUUCUCUCUCUCUAUGUUGAUGUUAAUAUGUAUAUAUAUUCCUAGUUUUAACCGAAUCCAAUCGUUGUUUGUCGGAUCGCAACGGGUCGUUCAUAUAUGUGUGUGUGUAUGAUUAUGUACACACACAUAUAAAUCCGAAUAAGCAACUUCUGUUUCCAUCUCAAUUUUCCGGGAAAAAACCAUUUUCCGACCAGCCGAACGCAGGGAAAUCCCGCAUUCAUCCUUCCUUCUUGCAGUCUCUGAAUCCGUCAAAUGCUCCUGCUGCUUUCAACCGUCUGAUCUUUUACUUUCGGCCAAUCAUAUCAUCGCAGGAAGAUUUGGCGGGCAUUGAGACAUAGGAAUUAAGGAUGUUGGGAGAUUUCAUCACCAGAGGACUUAUUUUGGUCCUCGGAUAUGCAUACCCUGCGUUUGAGUGUUUCAAAACUGUAGAGAAGAACAAAGUUGAGAUCACAGAGCUUCGAUUUUGGUGUCAAUACUGGAUCAUAGCGUCAUUGUUGUCGGUCUUUGAGAGGAUUUUGGACAUAUUCAUUUCAUGGUUGCCAAUGUAUGGGGAGGCCAAGCUAGCUCUCUUUAUCUACCUUUGGUAUCCCAAGACUAAGGGAAGUGGGUAUGUAUACGAAACAUUCCUGCGGCCAUACUUGGCGAAGCACGAGCCGGAUAUAGACCGGAAAUUGCAGGAGCUGAGGGCCCGAGCCUGGGACCUCUUCAUCUACCACUGGCAAAACUGUGCCAAGAUGGGACAGACCACCUUCUUCCAAAUGGUCCAGUACUUGGUUGCUCAGUCUGGAAAGCUGGCCAUGGCCAAACCCAGCAACAACAACAACAGUAAUAACAGCAACAACAACGAGGAACCGGACCAACAGAUCCCGCACAAGGAAGAGAACCAACAACAACAAUUCGCCGACGUGGCGGCUCCGCCGCCCACUCCCACCGGAUCGCCGUCGUUCCACCGGACGGCAAAGCACAAGCAGCAAUCGAUGGAGCGUAGGCGGCCGCCGCUGCCGCCGAACGGCAUGGCGAGCCGGUCCGCGUCGGAGCCGCCCAAACCGGACGCGGUUCAAGUUCACCUCCACGGCCACGCGGAGUUCAUUCACGACCAGGACCGCGAGGACCCAGAACCGGAAUCCGGCUCAACCGACGAAUCUGAAAGCGGCGUCAGUGAUAGGCUACAAGCCGCCCGGCUCAGGCUCAGGCGGUCCAAAGGAUUUCAUUAA